CGUCAAAUCGAAUUAAUUGUUGUUGUUUUGUUUAGCAGGUUUUGAAAAUUAAAUAAUUAAAUGGCAACAAUCAGAGUACCGGAACAAAAAAUAAUUCUCUGCGGCGAAUAUGGCGUGGGAAAAAGUUCGAUAUUUCGAAGAUUUACCAAUAACACGUUCGUGACAGCCACAGAUAGAAAGUCGACCUUAGGGUUAGACCAUUGUUCCAAAAUAUUCAGCCCUUCUGAUAGGGAUUUAAAAUUGCAAUUGUGGGACACAGGCGGUAUGGAAAGAGUCGCUUCGAUAACAUCGAGCUAUUACAAAUUCGCAGAGGCUGCAAUUCUAGUUUUCUCUUUCGACAAUCCCGCUUCAUUUCACGUUCUAUCCCAACACUUAUUAGAUAUAGUGACUUACGCAGAAAACGCCAAAAUAUUCCUAUGUGGUAAUAAAAGCGAUUUAAUCGAAGAACCUCCUCAGAUUACCGAUAGCGAAAUGGACAAUUUCUGCGAGCAAUGCCAUAACUUAAUAUCGGGUAUUUACAAGACUUCAUGCAAAACGGGUGAAGGUUUAGAAGAAAUGUUCGUCGAUAUUGCCUCCCAGCUUGUGAAUAUGAACAGAUCGAAAAUAGAACUGCAGAGUAUAGAACAACACGGCUUUAAAAUUGUUCCUUACGAAGAAGAAUCGCAGGAUGAUGGAUGCAUUUGCUAGAAACACGUUUUUUAUAUGGCAGCUUACAUAUUUACCCUUUAAGUACAAGCGUUUUUACAAUGCAAGAUUUAAGUAUUUAACUUUAAAAGUUUGCCCAUGAUCUAAGUCACAAUUGAGCGUGAAUGUACAAUUAUAAAUUAUGUUAAUAAUAACGAAACAUACUCUCUGAUGAAUAAUGUAAAUAGUUGUACCUAUUUCAUUAAUUCAGAAAUAAUCGGUUUUGUUUUCCUUAAUACUUCACGAGUAUGCAAAUAUUCCAUAGGUUGAUAGCACUGGAUUAAAGUCAAUUUUAUUAAUAAACGAACUGAAUAAUCACACUCAUUUUAUUAAUGUAAAAAAGCUAGAUAUUUCUGCGCCAUAUUCGUUAAAUAAUUAGCUACUUGUGCCAAAGUGCUUGUUAGUUUUUUUUUUGUUAUUAUCGUUUUGUAAAUAAAUUGAUAUACUUUU